GUGUCUCGUCUUAUGUGUCAGGGAUAAAUGAGAAUGGAUACUUCUGGAUUACCAUGAAACCGUUAACUUUGACUCCCCUGCUCAGGAAGCCCACCGUUAUCACCAUGAUAUUCUGGAUAUUAGCUGCUCUCAGCUUCAUUCAAGCCACUGCAGUAAUAGAAAACAAGAUUUCAGUGGAACAGCACCCUCUCAUCAUAACAUAUAAUGAAAAUGUUACUUUGGCCUGCAAAUAUACCUAUAAUGGAACUGGGAACGAAUUCAGAGCAUCACUGAAUAAAGGAGCAGACAGAGCGGUUGAAGUCUGUUCUCUUUCUUGGAAUGAUUCCUUCCACAAAAAUCAUUCCAAUGAAAAGUUCAACUGCCUUGUUGCUGUUGAUAGCAAUAAAAAGCAAGUGAAUUUUAGUCUUUGCAACCUGAAUACCAACCAAACCGAUAUUUACUUCUGCAAAAUUGAAGUCAUGUUUCCACCACCGUACAUCUACAAUGACAAGAGCAGCGGGACUGUCAUCCAUGUGAGAGAGAUGCUUCACCCACCACCAGAAUUUCAACCCGCAAGACCCUUUUGGCCUAUAGUGGUGACUCUUGGAGUUCUGGCUUUCUACGGAGUGCUAGUCACAGCAGCCUUUGUUAUCUGCUGGUGGAAAAACAAGAGGAACAGAAUACUGACGAGUGACUACAUGAACAUGACACCACGCCAUCCUCCUGGCCCAAAGAACAAGCAUUACCAACCGUAUGCACCAACUCGAAUGCACACGGAAUACCGCUCUUGGGAACCAUGACUAUCUGAUUAUCAAGUUACAAAUAUCCCUGUUGUGUUUUUACUCUGCCAUGUGCACUUGGACGGGAAAGGAUGGCCUGCCAAUAGUUUGUCAUGUCUGUUAUAUUUGAUGACAUGUCUACAUCAUAGCAAGCACCGGUCAAACUUUAUCUGAUGCUGUGUAAAAGUAGGUUGCCUGCUAUGAUGGUUGAAAACUGUCUGCAACUCAUGUUCCAGCUUCAUGGUGGGUAAAGGGGAAAGAUAACACUGGAUCCACUACUGGGUAUAUUGUUAAUCAUUGCAACUAGUCAUCUUUCCUAAUAACUUUUGCUUUAUAUUGAACAUUAACAAUUUCUAGUUAGAAAUAGGUUUAACUUGAAGAAUGAUAAGUCUCUGAAAUACAGCCCUAACUGAUUACCAUUAAAUAUGGUACCAAACAAAAUGUUGAUGCAAAAGUCCCCUCUUACUUCAAGGAGGAGUAUCCAGUUUCAAGUUCCAAACACAUGCUUAGCAAGAGAGGAUUCCAGCUGUACGGACUAGUCAGCUGCAAGCUGUGGGGGGCAUUAGAUCAUUCCACAGUUGGGUUGUAAUGACAAAUCUAGGGUCCUUGAAACUCACUAUACAUUAAAUAUGCAAUUCUUAAGUUCUUAAACUGGUAACUGUGUAGUAUGUGUGGGGGGUUUGAGUGGGCAGAGAAGGCUGUAUGAAAUAAUUCCAUACAGUAAGAAAGCAAUUUACCUGUAAGGCAGGUCUGGAGCAACAGGGGCGGAAGAAAGAUCUGCAGACAUCACGAAGGGAACCUUCUGGAAAUAUGCUGGCCUACAGCAGGGAAACACUAGAGCCUGGCUAAAGUCAUAGGAGAAGCAGGUGAGAAAAUCCUCAUUAGAGCUCACUGAAGGCAGGUUUUUCAAAAGUGGGCCAGAUUUCUGAGUGCCUAGCCCCCACACAAUUGGGGCCAGACUUUUAGCUGAUCUGAGGAUCUGGUGUGCACCCAACAUCCUGAGCUCUUCUGGAAAUCCGUCCAUGUGGUCAGGUGCCUAACAAGCACCUUUUGAAAAUUCUGGUCACAAUGUUGAGUGAUAAGAUCAUUUGAAAAUGUGCUCCUAAGCACCCUAUCCUUGGAGGGGCUGGCCGGCCUCAGCUCCCGCUGCAAUCAACAGGAACUAAAAGCUCUGAGCAUUUUGCAGGAGAUGUUGGGUACCUUGAAGGAUCAGACUCUAAGUGGGUCUUACUGAUAUAGACUUUUCUCUAGGCACACUCCAGGGAGGAGUAAAACAAGGGCUAGAAUAAACCUUGUUCAAUUAUUUUCACAUGGCAUAUUUCCAAAAUGGCAGAAGCAUCAUCCCAACACAACAGCAACUUCCAAGCUUAAAAUAAGAAAUUCCUUUGCUGGUUCUCUACAUUCCCUCUAUAGCUGAGCAAAAGGCAGAUUUUCUGUCCAUGGAAAAUUCUGAUAAUCCUACCUUGGUUUUCAUCUUGAACCAGAACAAAAAGAUCCCUGGCUUCCACCAUCCUCAAAUCUUAUGGUCAGCCCUAAACCACAUCUACACAAACCAUAGCAGAUGCACCAAUGGGAAAUUAAAAACUCUCCAGUGAGGGACUGUGGUCACCCAGCACAGACCAUGGACGCUAUAACGACUAAAUGCCUUACUCACAAAUAUAGCGAUACACCUCACCACACCUCACAAAAUUUCUUGGCAACCACCUGCAUGUAAAGCUCUACAUCUACAUCUACAUCAAUCUCACGAAGAAGAAGAAGGACACAAAGUUGAAAUAAAAUUUUUUAAAUUUCUGUUCCAUGAAAAAAAUUGGUCAUUCAGAAAUGGUGAAACAGUCCCAGUCAACAAUUUCAAUGGAAAUGCAAUGUUUUGACAUUUCUGAAUCAAAAUGUUUAAUUUAAUGUUGUUGAUCUGAAUGGAAAUGCAUCGUUUUAAAUCCGUUCAACAUUAAACUGCAUUUCCUUACAAAGUCACAUUGCCUCGCGGGGAGUUAGUCUGAUGCCCUUGGUCUUGACAUGGAUAGGCUCCCUGGCUGUACUACAUCUCCCAUGAUACCACUGCAGUAAUGGGAGUCACAUGACGGACUACUUAGGUUGGUCAGAGAGGAGACAGUGUUGCAUUGUGGGAAAUAUAGUCAGGCCAAGCAGUCCAUUCAAUGGGAAAAUGGGGCAAAUGCUGAUUCCCAUGAACCAAUGCAGCAAAACAGGGAAAUUCAGUUUAGUGUUGAAUUGACUCAAAAUGAAACAUUUCAGAUUAGUUUAAUAAACAAAAUAGGCCAAUUUUGUCUGAACCAACUAUGAGCUAAAUGUGUUGUUUUGGGUUUCCUAAGGGAAUGAAAAAACCAGAAAUUGAGGAAAAUUGAUUUCUACAGAAAAUGAUUUUUGCAGAAAUUGUCUUUCCUGUCAGAAAAAUCAUUCUGACAGAAGAUUCCUAAUCCGCAGCAAUUUCAUCCUAAAUUAAACCUAUACAGGGCUGUGUACUUGAAUAUGCCCCAGGGAAUAAUCUUGUGUUAUAGCAAGGGAGUGUAUAAGAAGACCUAAUGAGGCUUUUCCUUCUUCCCUCUCGGAGAUUAUAUCCAUGGCAGAAAGCACAGAACUCCUCUGUCACAGGAGCAAGGUGAGAACCAGAGCCAUGGUCUAGUCCCUGCUUCCUCCUUGCUUCAGAGGAGACGUGAGCUGCGCCACUCCUUUUGUUGCUGCAGCCUGUUGUCUCUCUCUGAACUCGUUCCAGUGCACUGGCUGAUACCUUGGGAGGGGUGGAGCCAAAGCUCUGCUCACCCCCUGACUCUGCCUUAAUAGCCUGACCGCUCUCUGCCUGGCUGCUACUCACCCCUCCUUCCCCAUGUAGGGCCUAGCAAUGUGGAUAGUCUCUGCACAGGAGUAAGAGGAUUCCUUCCUUCCAUGCAUCAGCUUGCAGAGAACUCACAAGCGAGUCCACCAUGGUAAUUUUGUAGCUAUUUGCAUAUGAUCACUGCAUCGUCUUACUGGCACCCUAAGCCACAAAUCACUGCCGAGUACUUCAUCCACUUGCCAUUGAAUAGAAGGAGAGCUGUGAUGAGACUAUACUGUGAAAAUAAGGUCUUAUACUUCAGCAUGAGUAUAAGGUGAGCAGACAAAUGUGUACAGAAAGCAAUAAUACACAGGGCAACAUGUCUGGUUUAAAAUUGCAUAUGCAUUGCCAGACUUGAGAAGCAGGUGUAUUUCAGUGUGUCUACUUGCCUUGGAGAUUUUCUUGUACUUUUAUAACUUUCUUUUAAAACUGUUACAAAGAUGAUGUAAAUA